AUGGGACAUAAUUUUGAAAUUGAUGGACCUCCUCGUAAACAACGAAAAAUGUUUGAAGAAGAACAGCCUGAGGAACAACAAGAAAGCGAGACAAUGAAAAGUUUUGGAGAAAAUGAAGGAGAAAUGAAAGUGGAUGAAGAAGACGAUGGGGGAAUGAAAGAAGAAGAAGAGGAUGACGAUGAUGAUAUUCAACUUCUUUAAGGGCUAGUAAAAAAUACCUUUUUGGGAUCUCUCUUCUAUAUCUAUCUCUCUAAGAGAAAGGAUUUUUAAAUUUUAUUUGGAUGUUUUCUAAAUUUUUUUCUUAUAAUUGUUUAUUUUUUUGUUUUAAAUUUAUUGACGGGAAUUUGGACAUAAAUGAUUUAAAAGUAACAAAGGAAUUUUUUCUUACAAAUUGUUUGGUGUUUGGUUUAAUGGGAUUUGUCAAAAAAGGUCUGGGGUAAUUAAAAUAA